UUACUUUUGCUACUCUUGGAGAGAAGACCACUGUGAUAUCACCAGAAGUGCUGCUUAAUUCCGGUGUUCCAUGCUGCAGGCUGGUGCAAGAUGUUGGAGAAUUUGUUGUCACCUUUCCAAGAGCUUAUCACUCGGGGUUUAGUCAUGGGUUUAAUUGUGGGGAGGCCUCUAAUAUUGCCACUCCUGGAUGGUUAAGGGUUGCAAAAGAUGCUGCAAUUCGUAGGGCAUCGAUCAAUUCCCCCCCUAUGGUUUCUCACUUCCAGUUGCUCUAUGAUCUAGCACUCUCUUUCUGUUCAAGUAUGUCUAGGAACAUGCGAUCAGAACCAAGGAGUUCAAGGUUGAAGGAGAAGAAGAAAGAUGAAGGAGAAACUCUAGUCAAGGAUUUCUUUGUUCAGGAUUUGGUGCAAAACAAUUCUCUUCUUCAUGCUCUUGGAGGAGGAUCUUCGGUUGUACUUCUUCCUAGGAAUUCUGCAAAGUUACAAGGAUCUCAGCUUAACAUAAAGCCCGAAGAGGAAAUGACAAAGGAUUUACGUUUUGAUAAUAUGUCAAUUGGCAGGAAACAGGGAAUGAAACAAACAUCUGCUGUCCGUUCAACUAGAGGAAAAUCUUGUUCAUCAAGCAGUAGGCUUGGUGUUUCUGGCAAAUGUUAUAAUGUUAGAUCAUCUAAUGGGAACAUCAAUGCGUCGACUGAAAGAGCUUAUAACAGCGACAGGUCAUCUGAGCAUGGACUGUUUUCAUGUGUGACUUGUGGUAUACUGUGUUACACUUGUGUUGCCAUUGUUCGACCGACUAAAGAAGCCGCUCAUUGUCUGCUCUCAGCUGACUUCGAGAGCUUAAGUCAAUGGAGAGCGGCCAGUGGUAGGACCCCAGGUGUUAAUGGGAGUACAGAUGUGCCGACGUUAUGUUCAUCCUCAGUACAUAACUGAUGAGGUUGCUCGUUACCCCAACCCAAACCGGGUUGGAUAGCAAACGGAGUGGGUGGAUGCCUCACAGAUCACCAUCUCUGGAUCCAUGUAAAAACUUCCUAACUCUCCAGGAAAUCGUCAUGAAGCUAGCCAGAUAGGUUUACCAUACACUUGUAGAGUCAAACGUGGUCAAUAAAAAAAAAUUAUUAGUGUGUGAUUACUUCAGUUGUGAUUUUAAAUGAUUGACACGUUAUCAUAUGCAAUAUUAAUUCAUCUAACAUCUCAUUUGAAUGUAGGAUUGAUGGCGAGGAGAGCACAAGAUGGUUCAUUUGAUGUCCCAGUAAAAUCCAAUAAUCAAACCGUGUUGCUCAGUGAUGAAAGGGUAGGGGUGGUUUCCACUAGUAGAACACACAAAGACAUUUCUUCCCUUGGUCUGUUGGCUUCAACCUAUGGUGAUUCUUCUGACUCUGAGGAGGAAGCUGAUAAUGCAUCUAUAAAAUAUUGUGAGCGCAGAUCGCUAGUUCUUGAUGAUGAGAUUCCUCCCCAGCUUGUUAUUGACCCUUACGCUGAUCACAGACAGAGGAGAGCAAAACCUGAUGUUGGAAAUCAUUGCAGUUUUGACCAUUCUGUUUAUGAGGAAAGUGAUGAUAAAACAAUAUCAGUGCUUUCAAAUGGUUUGCAAGGUAGAUUGGGAGAUCAUGUGAAGUCCCAUCAAGCUAGGCUGAAUUAUUCCCCAUUUGUUGCCCAUAAGGAGACCAGAGUUGCAAACAACACCCUGGUGCCCUUUCAGGAAGUGACUAUGACGUCUGAUGAAGAUUCCUUCAGAAUGCAUGUUUUUUGUCUCCAACAUGCUGUGGAAGUGGAAAAACAGCUACAGUUGAUAGGAGGGGCCCACGUUUUUCUCUGUUGUCAUCCAGAUUAUCCCAUACUAGAAGCUGAAGCAAAAAAGUUGGCGGGAGAGUCUGGAAGUGAUUACAUUUGGAGUGAUAACUCAUUCCACGAAGCCACUGAAGGUGAUCAGAAACUCAUUCGGUCAGCUUUAGAGAGUGAAGAAGCCAUACAUGGGAAUGGGGAUUGGGCUGUUAAAUUGGGAAUCAAUCUUUUCUAUAGUGCCAACCUCAGUCGUUCCGCUCUUUACUGCAAGCAGAUGUCUUAUAACUCUGUCAUUUACUCUGCCUUUGGACGGAGCUCUCAAGCAGUUACUUCCACAUCAUCCGAUAAUGAUAUUGUGAUGGGUCCUGCAAAACAUAAGAAAAUAUCAGUUGUUGGAAAAUGGUGCGGGAAAGUCUGGAUGUCAAACCAGGUCCAUCCUCUUCUUGCUCGGUUCGAUCCUGAUCGAAAGCCUAUUCUUUUGUCAAUGGAAGGUAACCAGAUCAGAAAAAAGAGGAAAUCUGUAUUAACAAAAAGAGGUGGGUCCCCUGCUAGUGAAAAGCUGAAUACUAAUAAUCUUAAAAACAAGCGGAUUAAGAAAGAGGCAUAUGGAGAAGAACCUCAAAAGAACAUUACUGAGAAGAACAAAAGGGUUGACGACAUUGUCAAUGAAGAUGAUGAGGUUGAAGGUGGGCCUACCACACGGCUCAGAAGGAGAACCCUAAAACCAGUUGAUGAUUUGGAAACCAAACUGAUAAAAACAAAACCAGUGCUGAAGAAAACCGAUCCUAGGAAAGUGAGGAAAGGCCCAUUAAUGAAAGUUCCAAAGAAGGCUAUUAAUAAAAAGGGUCCGAUUGACGAGGAAGGAGAACAUUCGUGUGACCUGGAAGGUUGCAACAUGAGUUUUGGGUCAAAUCAAGAGCUCCAAUUGCACAAAAAGAACAUAUGUCCAGUCAAGGGGUGUGGGAAGAAGUUCUUUUCCCACAAGUAUUUGGUUCAACACCGACGUGUCCACAUGGACGAGCGCCCCUUGAAGUGUCCAUGGAAAGGGUGCAAGAUGACGUUCAAGUGGGCCUGGGCCCGAACUGAACACAUUAGGGUCCAUACCGGAGUGCGUCCUUAUAUUUGUACGGAAUCCGGUUGCGGCCAAACGUUUAGGUUCGUAUCUGAUUUCAGUCGUCACAAGCGAAAAACCGGCCACACUACAAACAAGUGAAGAUUUAUGAUCAUAUUGGAGAAAAAGAGUAAAUUGCUAUUUAACUUGGCUGUUUGUGAAAUGUUGUUUAGUUAACAGAAAUAGGGUGUAGAGUUAGGAUUGAAAUCUCUUUGUAAUUUUGCGUUGGUAGUUUGGUACACAGAGACAUUUUCUUUGUCCGGUUUUCAUUAUCAGAAUAUCAGGUCCAAUCAUUGAUCUCAGCUAGGGAAAUGUCUUUAUUAUGUUUGAGAACAAGGAAAAAAGUCCCAACAUAAGGAAUCUUACGUUUGAAUUCAAGAUGCCGGCUUCUCUGAUUA